AUGUACAGGAAAGACGUUGAAUCUACAUUUACCAAUCUGCCAGCCUCAACUUCGGACGAAGACGUUGUGAAGCUUGGUGCUGUAUACCUGAUUUCGAGCUUCAUGUACAUUACCACGAGUGCAAACGUUGUGCCACAUGAAUAUUUUCGGAUCGUCGAAUCACCACACAUGGAUACAUAUCCAUGGGGAAAAGAAUUGUUUCAAAUUACAUACAUGUACCUGAAGCUCGCACUUGCCAAGACGAACCCAUUGCUCGAUGAUCCCAAGGGAAUAAUGUCAUACAGACUUCAUGGGGCUGACCUUGUGAAUGAUCCAGUUCACAUGGCAAAAGACCACAAUCACGCAAGCUCUUCUAACCCAACAUCGUUCAUGACAAACAGGCACCAGGUGGCUCAAGACACAUCGAAAAUGGGAGAGGUAGAUGUCAAUCGCAUCGAACAAAGUGUGGAAACCAACUACACGGCGCUCCUGACAAUGUUUGUAAGGGCAAAGAAACAUUCCCCGCAUGAUAAAGAUAAACAUGACCAUAUUGUCGAUCAAUCAAAUGAAGCACAGACAACUGACAAUAAGAAUAGCAACAAUCAGGAGAAAUCAGUUACUCCGACCAUUGACGGAAUGGUUAGCAAGAAAAUUAAACAACCAUCACAAAAUCAUAGCGAUACACCCCACGAUGACAGCAAUCCCGCCUCAUCCAAAUGCUUAACUGUUGUUAUUAAUGACUCAAUACAAACUGAUGAAACAUACGACAUAAACUAUACCGAGGAGGAUCUCAUUCAGGUUGAUGGUAGCCAGACACGUCUGUCACGUUUGCACGUGAGUGAUGAAUUUGGCAAAGAUGUGCUUGUUCAGGAACUAUUCCCUACUAAGAAUAGUUCCUUAUCGCUAUCUAGAACUUGUGUUAUUGACAACGCCAUGGGUAAUCUUGAUGAAACUAUGUACAACAUGAACGCCUUUAAUGAGGAAAUGGAACCGCCAAAUGACGAUGAUGUUGAGAUUUUCUAUGAAUGGUUCAACGACGGAUAUAGGGCCGAACACAUAAAAUCCAAGUUCCCACUAAAAAAGGAUAAUAUAAGCCCACCAUUUCAGUUCGGGCCGUACACGGUUGAAUCAAAGACUUGGUGGCACGAGUUGUGUCAUCCUAAUGUAUACCUCAGGGAUUCGGAAAGGGCUCUUUAUGUGUACAACUCAAGCAGAUUAACAGUCAGGGAUCGGAUGGUUGUAGCCGAUGUGGAGGCAUUUGCUUACAUUCUCCCUUGUCUCAUGGUAAAUAUCAAGGACCGGCAGCCCAACAUCGUGGAUGUGUUUGAGCGCGUUGAACCACUUGCAGUGAAGAUUGCAAGUAAUAUCCCACAAGACGAGCACGGGUCAUACUUGGCUGCUCAACUAUAUAAGCAUGGAUGCGAGAAGCUUAUCGAAGGCUAUGACACAGAUAUCGAACUUGCCCAGGAUGUAGGGAAAACUGAAGGGGAUUGUGCUUAA